ACUGCGGCACAUUAUCACCAUAUAGGCCUUCUCCCGACUGACCUUUGCGACCAAUGUCAGAUCAGCUCAGAAUCUCUCCAGCAUCUACUCUUUCAAUGCCCACUAGUUGCACACUUAUGGUCUGACUUUCAUAUGACUCGGGAAAUUGCAACACUAUUUGCUACACAAUGCGAACCCCCCUAUUAUGUGGUUGAAACAACUCAUUUUACACAAUGACGUUCCUAACUCCUUUAGUGUACCUAGCUCCAUUCUCAUUCCUUUUUUGCUAUGGCACAUAUGGCUAGCUCGAAAUGGAAAACUAUUUCGAGCCCAAUCUACUCCACCCUCUUCAUCUCAUAUUUUGAAUAUGGUCGCCGAAUACUACUAUUUCUUACUGUUACACCACCAUCCUCCCACGACCGUCUACCCCUUUAUAUCAAAUGGCAUCCCUCUAACUCCACCCCUUUUAAACUCAAUGCCGACGGCUCCGCACAGUUACCCUCAAGACAAGGCGGAAUUGAUGGAGUAAUCCGUGAUUCAUCUGGUACUUGGCUUAUGUGUUUUGCAGGUUACCAUUUCUCUCACGGGAGCAUGGACUCGGAACUAUCCGCACUUUAUCAUGGGUUGAAAUUACAUGGCUACAAACCACUAGAAGUGAACGCUUCUACUCACACAAUUGGAUGAUCCAGCUGUACUUUACACCUACAGGGAACAAAAUCAAGUUGCUGAUCUACUUGCAAAGUUUGGUAGCCAACUGGAGAGCUCUGCAAGACUCAUUGUAUAUACACAACCACCCCGUUUUGUUAAAACAACACUAAAGCUGAUCGCUUGGAAACUUUGGCUAUGCGUUAAAUGGAGAUCCUGAAAUCGGCUAUAUGUGCACUUCUUCCUCCCUAAGGAAGGUGACUAGGUAAGCUCGCUCAGAUCCCACAGGUGGCCAUGAGGAGCCGGAAACUAUGGCAGCAUAAAACGAUGAUUUUCAAUGGGACGAUGGAAUUUUACCGAUUUUACAGCUCGAAACCAAAAGUGGAUUUGAAGAAGCUAAGGCCAAUGAUUCUGAAGAGGAUUGAGAAUCGGGCUAAAGAUUAUCCAGUAAAAUCCAUGGUUCCUGUUGCUGAGGAAGUCCUUAAGGCUCGAACUAUCCUUUACCAUGGCGUUUCUGCCUUAAUUCAACGUUUCCCUACUUGGGCAUGCAAAUAUUGUCCAGAAGUAUAUAUUGGUGAGAAUGGUCAUCUAAUUCGAACUUGUCAUGGUUACCGGCAGCGUGCUAAGAACCAGGCUCAUGAGUGGAUUAGAGGAAGCUUGAAUGAUAUUCUAGUCCCAGUAGAGGCAUUUCAUUUGCGAACUAUGUUUCAGAACGUUAUCAAUCACCAAGAACGAUUUGAUUAUGAUCGCAUUCCAGCAGUUGUGGAGCUGUGCUUGCAGGCAGGGGCUGUUCCAAGUGAAGAAAUUGUAUGUGGAAGUAGUUUGCCCUCAAGUGAUCCUUUUCAAGCUGACUCUCUGUCUGAUGACGAUCUGUUGUUGUUGGGAAGAGAAACUCUAAAGGCAUGGGAAGCACUUAGAUCUGGAGUUCAGAGACUAUUGUUGGUUUAUCCAGCGAAGGUCUGUGAACAUUGCUCAGAAGUUCAUAUAGGACCUUCUGGACAUAAGGCUCGUCUUUGUGGCGUAUUUAAGUUUGAAAGUUGGCGAGGCAGUCAUUUCUGGAAGAAGGCAGAAGUGGAUCAUUUGUUUCCUCCAAAAAUAGUAUGGUACCGCCGACCCCAGGACCCUCCAUUGCUCCUGGAUGAUGGCCGGAACUAUUAUGGGCAUGCUCCCGCUGUUGUGGAUCUGUGUACUAAGGCUGGAGUAGUUGCUCCUUCCAAGUACUAUUGCAUGAUGAAAGUUGAAGGACUAUCGGCACCAUCUCUAUAGCAGGAUAAUGGGAUCUUUUCCUGCUCUUAUUUACCCGAUGACCAGAAUGUGUGCUUAAAUUGAAUGAAUUCUCUGAAGUUGGACUUGCUUUUGUUCAUUUGGGCAACCCUACAACUUAAGUGGAUAUAGACUGAAGAUUGUGGUUGUGCUGAAUCAACGUUGUCUUAGCGCCAGAAUAUUUCAUGAAGACAGGAGUAUCUUGUAAAUAUUCAUGGGAGGUUUAUUCUUAUUAUACCUACUCCAUUCUCAUCAAUGGAGUAUUACAGUUUUUUGUUGACUAACCAGUUAAAUCCGCCACUGGAUACUUCAGAUCCAAAUAGGGAGAACCAAAAAGAAGUACAAUGAUGCACAAGGAAGAGAAAAAGCAGCUGAAAGUGAUGUUUCCAGGACUUAAUUUUUACUCUUCAUGGUCACAAGCGCUUUUGCUCAGACCAUAGUUCACAUUGCAUAGAUUCUGCAUCGUCGACAUUGCUGGUUAAUUAUAUAAUCUUUUCAAGACUAGAAGCAGUUUUUACCAUCUCAGAACAAUUGUUCUUUCAAGAUCACUGCUCUGUCAGUCUGUCUACUUUAGUCUAUGGUGUUCUUUGGGAUCACUUUUCUGUCUUCUAGUGGAAUGAAGUUGUAACCUAACUAGGAGUGGUACUAAAGCGUGCAAGACUUACUGGUGCAUAUGCAACAUGAUAUCGGACAGCAGGUAAUUUGCACUGAAAUGGAAGUUGAUGUCCAUCUCAAUUUAGAAGAAACUUCUUUAGAGGUAGAAUAUGUCAUCUAGCUGUCCGGCCCUUCCCCGGGUGCGCAUAGCAUGGGUCCUGCCCUUCCCCGGACCCUGCGUAUAACGGUAGCUUAUUGCACCGGGCUACCCUUUUUUAUUUUUCAUUUUCUAUUAUAUACUGUCAACCCAUUUUUGUGGCCAUACAUAUAGUAACUUCUGUGAUUCUUUUGACUCUGCAUAUUGAGAAAGCUGUCACUCACUCUAGUUACCUAGUAAUGAAAUUUUGGUUGAUGAGCUGAA